UAGUCCUUCUCCUCUUAUCCAAAUCCAAUCUUUCCUGUUCAAAAAGGAAACUCUCCUCAGGUCCAAACUCUUAACACAAACUGUUUCAGAUUUAGUAGCUGUCAAUGGAUUUAAUGAGAGGACAAGGAGGCAUUCAAAUGCUACUCACUGCUGAACAGGAAGCCCAACAAAUAGUUUCUACUGCUAGAAAUGUUAAAAUGACAAGGUUGCGGCAAGCAAAAGAAGAAGCUGAGAUGGAAGUGGUAAAUUAUCGUUCGCAUUUGGAAGCCGAGUACAAAAAGACAUUAUAUGAGACCAGCGGAAGCUCGGACUCGACCGAAAAGAGGCUUGAGAUAGAAACUGAGAAAAAAAUACAACGUUUGAAGAAAGCAGCCUCUGAAGCAUCUCCUGAUGUUAUUGCCAUGCUCCUGAAGCACAUUACAACUAUUAAAACUUGAUUUUUGAAGCUACUAAUUAAACCUUCUUUUAGAAAGCAAAUGAAAAAUAAGGAAAACCGGAUAAAAAUUUUCUUUUUAUUUUGUCCCACGUCCAAAAAAGAGGCCAUCAGAAAAUUUAUUUCGUCAUUUUCUUUUCCUUUCCUAUUCCUAACUCUUUCGUUUCUGGUAUUCCGAAUAAAGAGUAUGGCUUAGAUAAUAUAAAAUUUUCAUAGGAACUCUUAGUCAUGUUACUGAAAACACAUUAUUUUCCUCUUGUUUUGUUAUUCUUUGUUUGGGAUAAUUGUUGCUUUUCAAUCUGAGUGUUGACUGCUUCCAGAGAUCCAGAGAACAUCAGCAGUACUAAAGGAGGCCAAGAUCGGGGUGCGUUUAUCGUGUGUGCUUAUCAAAAUAAUGAUGUCAUAGUUUUAGUAUUGCAAUGUUGUUAACUGAGAUCCCAAGUCAAAUUA